UUCACUUUAAGUACGAGAAGUGUAAAUGGUGAAACGGCAAAGAACAGACUUAAUGUUACGUAAUCUCAAGAAAGACAACACGAUUAACUGUAGCGUAGCAGCAUCUACGUGUGCACAAUCCAGUGGCAUUUCCCUCUCCACUCAAAGAGAGCGAUGAUAUUGGAGUAUUCGAUAGCGCUCGUCAGUCAGAAGUCGCUGGCCGCUGGUUUCGAUGCUUGACUUGAGCGAAGCGGAAUAGUCAUCGUAUUCAGUAUCCAUUGUCGACGCAACAAUUGAAAAUAAUUAAACAUGUACGAAGAUAUUCUCGAAAGUAGUGCGAAAUGGAGACAAAAACCGACAUCUCACGCAUUUCCCCCGACUUACCUCGAAGGCUUUCACGAUCCCGAAGCGGUGAAAGCCAUGCAAUAUAAAAAGCUUGGGAAAACGGACUUGAUUGUGAGCGAAUUAUCUUUCGGCGCCGGUCCACUUGGUUGUCAUUACGGCACGUACGAUGAGGCCGAUGCUAUUGAAGCGGUACGUCAAGCGAUAAAGCAAGGUGUCAAUUAUAUCGACACGGCACCAUGGUACGGUCAAGGUCGGUCCGAAACAACACUUGGCAAGGCGUUGAAAGGAAUCCCGCGACAAGCUUACUACAUCGCAACGAAAGUUGGCAGAUACGAAUUGGAUUACGACAACAUGUUUGAUUUUACAGUCGCGAAGACCAAGAAGAGCUUUAAGAAGAGCCUGGAACUGUUGGGGGUGGAUUACGUCGACGUUAUACAGGUUCACGAUAUCGAGUUUGCACCAUCAUUGGAUAUAAUAAUCACGCAAACCUUACCGGAACUGUCGAAACAAGUGGCUGAGGGUAGGGCCAGGUACAUAGGCAUAACCGGGUAUCCAGUAUCGGUAUUGAAGGAAUGUAUCGAAAGGAGUAACAUAAAUAUAGAUAGUAUAUUGAGUUAUUCGAGACUCAGUUUGAUUGACGAUACUUUGUUGGAGUACGUUCCGUUCUUCAAGAAACAUAACGUUGGUAUAAUCAACGCUGCCGUACUGUCCAUGGGUCUUUUGACGAAUGAUGGUCCACAGAAGUGGCAUCCAGCCUCCGAUGAAACGAAGAAACAAUGUGCAUGUGCCGCAGAAUAUUGCAAAGAUCGCGACGUGGAACUCUGCCAACUGGCGAUGUGGCAUUCUAUGCAACACGCGGAUGUGACCACCAAUUUAAUUGGCAUACAAACUACGAAGCAAUUAAAAAUGAAUUUGGAUAUCUUGCGAAAUGGUAUCACGGAGAAGGGGAAAGCUCUGCUUCAAGAGGUCCAAGAAAAAUUUUUAUCAAAGGUGAAGAAUCAGCACUGGGAGGGUAAAGAGAUCCAAGCAUACCGGGUGGCCAUGAAAGACAAAAUGUGAAAAAAUAUAUUUUAUUUCCACAGCUUGCAUAUCACAUAUACAACUUUAUGCAUGCAUGACAUGUAUAUAAAUAUAUAAAUAUAUAAAUAUAUAUAUAUAUAUAUUCUGUUAUUAAUAUUAUAUAUCUAUGUAUGUAGCAUUUGGAAUUUGUAUAUAACGUAUAUUUUAUGGAAAAAUAAAAACAUAACAUAAAAGAUAAAA